AUGUCCUCCGUGAAGCUUGUGGAAGAGUACACUUCUCGCUGGAAGACACCACUUCCUCGACUCAGGAUCCUUGAGACAGCGCUGUGCUAUUUCGCUAGGGGCUCAUCCUCCUUCACAUCAAGCUGCGAUCACGUGCUUCACACGCUUAGUAGUUUGGCCUUGAGUGUUUAUGAGGUGUUGCUUUUCUUUGAUGAGCAGGACUUCCACAAAGAGCCAUUGAAACACUUCUCUGUUAAAUUUCAGGAAUGUAACAUCGCCCUUGCAAGGCAUCAAAAUGUUCACUUACUUCAGGUUGAGCCCAUAAUUCGUGGAGGAGGUGCUUGGGUCAGUAGAACCUUGAAGGAAAUACUCAGUGAAUCUAGUUUACCUCAAAAUGAAGUGGACAGGUUCCUCAGCUCUGAGCCACCAGUGUUCUUGGCUCUACGGGUGCGCUACCUUAUAUCGCGUGAGCGGGUUAGUGAGGCUCUAGCCCUGGCCAAGUGUUGUAUUCGUCAUCCGACGGCAGGGAAACACUUGUUCUUCCUCCAGGUCUACCUCACAUGGCUUUACAAGACUCAACGCCAUCAGCUGCUUCAAGAGGUGUCUUGCCUAAAUGGUAAAGAUGCUGUGCACAUCAUCUGUAGUUUAGAAUAUGAGGAAACAAAUGAAUUGCUGUUAGCCCUCUGCCAGAUGUUCCUCUCCCAACAACUCUGCAGGGGAGAAAUGUACUAUUUAUGGGAGCUCAUUUUUGUGUGGAGCAAACUUCAUGAUCGGGUGAAUACUUCCAAACAGGCUUUUCUUGAGGAAAGCCGCCGGCUAAUGUUGUCUGCCACAAAUAUCAACUCAAUCUUUCCGUUUAUCAAAGUCUUAAUUCAAGAGCUGGGGGAAGAGGGGAUCCAGUUUUGCGUGGAACUUUGUGCAAAUGCCUUGAAAUCUUGUCUCCCUGGUGACACUACAACUAAGUCACUCAUCUAUAAAACUAUUGCUGGCCUGCUCCCCAAUGAUCUUGAAGUGUGUCGUGCAUGUGCGCUCCUCGUCUUCUUCUUGGAACGUACCGUGGAAGCCUACAAGAUGGUGUAUUUGCUGUAUAUGCUUCCAGACCAAGACUACCAUGUGGAACACAUCCCCAUCAGAAAUCAAAUCCGAUUUGAAACACUACAGGUCUUGAAGAAGGACCUUUACUUUGACCCAGAGUUUUGGAACCUCAUUGCUUUGCAAACCAAUUGUUUGAAACUGAUAAGUGAGAAAGUAGUUGAUGCCGCGCUAGAAGAACUCAUGGAGGAAACAUGGAUCGCAAACUACUGUGCCAAAGAGUUUUCUUUUGUGUAUAGCACAUCAACAGCACAAGAGGAAGACAAAUUCACAUUGUGCAUUGACACCCUGGCCGAGUAUGGAAAGAAACACAUGCGUGCGCCUCCCACGGCCUACCUCAACGAAUGGUUCACCGCCAUGCCCAAAAGAAGAAAAGUGGCAGGGUUCCUUGCAUCCACCUCACAACAGGAGACUUUGGUCACCACAAGACCACAGAGACAACGGUGUGCCAAUUGCUUUACGACGUUCAACAGUGCAGAGGAGUUGCAAAGUCACCUCCAAGUCCAGCGCUGCUCCAAUCUUUUUGGCUUCGACUCUGAUGACGAAGAGCAAAGCAUAAGAAAAGUGAUGUUUGUUAACAAAGCCUGGAAGAGAGCCAGUGGGUUAAAAGGCAAACAGAUUGCCGAAGACUUUGUACUGAAGUGCCUGUUCUGGAGUCACAUUUUCCAGCUUCUUGAUAAUGGACUCUUGACACCACGGACAGAGCUGCCACAAGGAUAG